UACCAAUAUCCACAAUUUUUAAGUCAUAAAACAACUGUCAGUGUAGAAUUUAUUUUGUUUCAAAUUAAUUUAUAGAAUAUCGUAAGUACACAAUGUCUCAAAAUGUCACACCAUUAUUAGUCUCAUUGAAAAAAGGUGUUAAGUCAAUUCGAUUAACAAAGGCCAAUAACCAAAUACCUAUAGCUGACACACAAUUAGAUGCAAUAGUAACUUGUGAGCCCUCAGUACAACAUGAAUUAAAUCUUCAGCCACUAGACACCAAUAUUCAACUAAUCCCAAACAUUGAAGAAACUCAGACAGUCAUUUAUCAAGUAGUUUAUCCAGAAGAUUUAGAUUUAAAGCCCACAAACACCAAAAGGGGACGACCUAAGAGGAAGGUCCCACAAGACACCAAGCCACCAGAAGUGCCUGUUGAGCCACCGAAAUCGGCAAGAACGCGUUCAGGGAGACUCGUUAAACUGCCAAAGCACAUUGAGAAAGAUUUUAAAAAGAUCGAGAUAACCGAUGAGCCAGAGAUCAAAACAAGUGAAUUUGUUAGAUUUGAAGAGAGCAACAAAAAUGACAAUGUUGUGUACCAAGAAUUGGAGGUGCACCAGAAGAAAAGGACAAUAUCCGCUCAAUACAGAUGUCCAAAAUGUCAGAAGGCGUACUUGGGAAAGGCCAAAAUGGUGCAACACUUGGAGAAGUAUCCAGAUCAUGGACCUCUGUCUGACACAUUCAACAAGUUGAAUUUUGAUGUGUGGAACUAUUUGGUAGACAUAACUCAGAAAAGCCCGCCUGGCAGAAGGGGCAGCAAGUUUUGUGAGGAGCUCACUAAUUUAUUACACAAUGUUCAAUUGCUGACAAGUGCUUUAUUUAAAAAGGAGGAGGUUGAUAAUAAUGUACAAGUUGAUAAGGUUUUAGGUAAUGCAAUAGGUUUAAAUCCUGGGAAAUACAGGUUUGAUGAAAAUGAGCUGCAUAAGGAUGUUACAGUACUGAAAUUGAUUGGUAAUUCUGAUUUUUUUAAUCCUAAAAACAACACUAAUUUAUUCAACACAACAGAGAAGAUAAACGAAAAUAGUAAAAGUAUAGAGAACGUGCCUAAAAUAAAUAAGGCAGAUACUAAGCAAAUUUUUGAAGCUGAAAAUGUCAAACUUGAUGAGAACAAUUUCUUCUCAACUGAAGCAUUAAAGGCAUCUAGUCAUAUAGAUUUUAGAACUGGUAUCCUGGAAGAGUUUAAUUAUCAGGAUAACUCAGUUUUUAAGCCAAGCCUGCAGAAUUUGGCACAACCAAAUGGAUUUCCAACUUUCCAGGACAAGAAAACUGGUAUCCAAACAAUCUCAGUUGAAGAUACCACAUUGGGAACAUUCACAAAGAAAUCUGGGGCAGAGGUGCCAAUGUUGGACAAUCAAAUAACUUUGCACAGUGAUUUAUUGUCAGAAAAUAGUCUACUUAAUGCAUUACCUCAUGAGUUGAUGUCUGCAGUGGAUUCAAGUGCAAAUCUACUUGACAACUCAAUAAGUUCUGAUGAAGUAAUGAACGUUGAUCAAUUUGUCAAUGAGCGGUUUAAGAAGAUUACUGAGCCUGACUUAGACUUGAGUACUGGUUCAUUGAAUUUAGAUUUGCCCAAUUUGGAUUUAUUCAACUUUCAUACUUCUUGAGUCAUACUUUGUCACUGAAUUUUUUAACAAUGUUUUUGUAAGUGAUUUUUUAUAGGACUGUGCUGAUUCAUUUAUAUUGUGAUAUAUUUAUUUAUAUUGGAAUAACUAAAAUAUACAGAUAACUCAUUUGUUUCUCCCAACUGUAAUACAACUAAUUUUUAUAGGAC